CACAACCGAGCUCUUCAGUUUGCAGCACCACAAGUACAGCGCACGUUAAUUUUCAGAUCCUCGCAGCCUUCAGCGCCCAUCGGGGCGUUUUUGGGACCCGCUAUACCUUGAAAAUACCGCGACAAGGGCCAUUAACUUCCAGCUACAAGAGAUUUGUUUUGAAGGGUAUUGGUCACAGCGUCCUAUAUAGCAGCGCAAAAGGUUACUUCAACAUUCACAAGGACUACUCGGUCUGCUCGGAACCUCCACCUUGUUAGACACGUCCUUGCUCACCAUCUCCAUCUAACAGCACACGGCGACUAGAGUUACCAUCCUGCCGGCGUACCACAUUCGUCAUCAGCGUUAGCUCCGCAUAUACCCGUUCCGAGAAGAAAUCCAGUCAUAUCUACCUAUCCCUCCAUUUAACCUCAUCAGUUUAUUAUCCAUAGUUCCUGUCGUACGAAGCCUUAUUUCCGUCUUCCGAUCAACGCACUACACUUUUCCACAGUUUCCUUGAUUUGUUUACGAGAUCGAAUAGUUGAGUUGGUCAUAUCCAGACCGACCGCGAUGCAACUGUCCUCUACUCCUUCAAUCCCUUCCGUUUCGCAACACGUUGUACUGGCUGGAGAUAAUUUACUGGAAAUUAAUACGUUCGAUCCCAAUACGCUAAGUGUUCAAGAUUAUGUCAAUGAGCAAAUUAAACUGUCCGAUACGCAAGGAAAAGAAGAUGCGUUUUACAUCGUCAAUCUGGGAGAUGUCGUCAACAAGCACCGUAUCUGGAAAGAAAAGCUGUCCCGCGUUGAACCGUUCUAUGCUGUAAAAUGCAACGAUGACAUCGGAGUAUUGCAAACUUUGGCCAGCUUGGGAACCGGAUUCGAUUGUGCCAGCAAAAAUGAAAUCAACAAAGUGCUGUCGCUGGGCGUUCAUCCCGACCGGAUCAUCUUUGCUCACCCGUGCAAGACAUCCUCGCACAUCACGUUUGCGGCUGAACACGAUGUCCGCAUGACCACCUUUGACAACGAGCCUGAACUGCACAAGAUCAAACGUCUCCAUCCUGAAUGCAAGCUGCUGGUCCGUAUUCGUGCCGAUGACCCGCUGGCUGUGUGCAACCUGGGGAUCAAGUUCGGAGCCAAACUACAGGAAGCCAAGCGCUUACUGGGUGUGGCCAAGGAUCUGGAACUCAAUAUAAUCGGGGUCAGCUUCCAUGUCGGCAGUGGAUGCACCAACGCGGAUGCCUACGCCAAGGCCAUCAUGUGGGCUCGGGAAGUGUUCGAUCACGCUAAGGAAAUCGGAACGCCAUUGACGAUGCUGGAUCUGGGUGGUGGAUAUCCCGGACAAGUUGGGGCGCCUAUUGCUUUUGAUGAGAUUGUUGAACAAGUAAACCCUGCCCUGAACAAAUACUUUCCGCCUGAAAUGGGAAUUCGUAUCAUUGCCGAACCCGGACGUUACAUGGUCGCUUCCGCAUUUACGUUGGCUGUCAACAUUAUCGCUAAGCGUGUGGUGGAUACGCAAUCGACAUCGGACGAGGAAGCCACCAAGUUUAUGUACUACAUCAAUGACGGCGUCUAUGGCUCUUUCAACUGUCUGCUGUACGAUCACGCUACGGUGGAAGCUAAAAUACCGCCGUUCUACGUGCCGUCAGAGAUGUUCAAGUCCAGCAUUUGGGGGCCCACGUGCGACGGAAUCGACUGCAUCGCCAAAUCCUGCUGGCUUCCCGAGAUGUCAAUGGGACAGUGGCUGAUCUUUGAGGAUAUGGGCGCUUACACCUGUGCUGCUUCUUCGACAUUCAACGGUAUGCCACGCCCAUCCAUGAUUUACGUGGUGUCAGAGACUGAUCUGGCGCUGGUUCACAAUCAUCCUCAGCCGGCCCUGGAAGAGAUCCAGGAGUUUACUGCGGAUCUAGAAGAGAUGCCGGAAAGUCUGCCGCGUACAGCCACUGUGUCUUCCGACGAAGGUGUUAGCAUGGAAGAACAGAUUUUGGAAGAUGUGGCCGUCAGCUGCGCUGCCGAACAGGUGGACUAUUACGAAGUGCCCGCGCUGCCGGAAGUGGGAUUGAUGUUUAUCGGCGAUUAAUGCUGGGAUUGUCGACACCGAACUUCGCAAACGUUCCUCGUCUCUGUGCCUCUGUCCUUUUCUACUUUAUUUAUUUAUUUCUGUCACACUAUUCUUUGCUCAACAUCAGUAUGUCCUAUUCGCCUGUAUUUCCUUUUCACUGGUCUUCUGCAUCGACAUUUCUAAUUGAAAGAACUACCUCGUGGAUUCAAGCCGGAUUUAAUGGGUAAUUGCGGAGCUAUUCGCAUUCAUGAUGACGAAUUUGUGGUACGCCGUACACUUUGGUGACUGGAGCACGUGUUCCCUGAGCGGAUGGAUGUGAGCGUCUGUCCUGCAACGAUUUUUCCAUGAUGUGUGCUGUGUGUGCAAUUUUAUGCGCUGUUAUUUCGCUGUGACUGUCUAUGUCGCCCCCGCUGAAGUAAUUAUGGUCAAUUUUGCCAUUUGCUGCUGUCGUAUUUCAUUCACCACUACAUAAAUCGAGAUUUUUCGAUUCGAUGAUAAGUUAAAAAAAAUGCAGCCAACGUUUUUCAUUAUGCUGUUCAUGGUUUUAUUCGCUUGUUAGCGGUGCUUUUGCAUACUUGCAUUAUUGUAAAUAAGCAUAGCCCGCUUGUUGUAGUACUGUACUAGCGCGGUGAUUAUUACUCAGUAAACUUUAAUACGAA